AUGUGCCUUCGGAAGGUUCCGGAUGCUUUGGCCGUAAUAGAAGAAUGGGAUCGCCAGACCGCAGCAAUGAAAGGAAAGUCAUUGAAGUGGGACUCAUCCAAAGCGUCGAUAGAGCUUUACGAGCAACUUGAAGGUUUCGGGAGCACGAGCAUUGGUUGGAAAUCACUAAAGCUAGUCGUUCGUGCACAUGCUGUUUCCAUGUUAACGGCAGCUGUCGCAGAUGGCCUUUUUGAGCCCCCCUUUGUACGAUUGUUGGCUGACCUUUGCCUCAGUCUGGAGUGUAGGGCUGAAGCAGGGCGACUUGUCUCAAGUCUGAAGCUCCCCUUGACCGCACCAUGCGGUUCAGCGAGUACGCUAUUGGAGUGUAGUGAAGUGCAGCCUCUAGGGGCUAUCCUGAGAAGUCUACAGGGUCAAGGAACGAUCGGCCCAUCUUGGUGUUGCCUUUCAACUCUUAUCAAGGACAAGAAACUCCCGCCGAGCUGGCUCACGUCUCGGGCGUUUCAGUCAGUAUGGAUGCGAGGAAUCGAGAUUAUACUACACAGAAGAACCCCCGUGGUCUCAGUCGUCGAUUUCAUGUGUACGGCAAUUAACCAGCUACUGCUAGAAGACGGAAAAGCGAUGAAAACAGGCGAAGCUCCAGAGGAUGAGACUCUGACGAAUGUGCUGGCUGCAGUAGCAGCAGCGACAUGGACCCUAGGUGCUGAGAUGAAUGGCAAAGAGUCGUGGAAGGUUCACUCAGUUCGACGCCUAUUGUUCAUACUCGAGUCUUGCGCAUAUCAGCAGGAGAGCCGUCGUGGCACCUCUCGAAACAGAGGUCUUCUCAUUGUCGUUUUAGCUCGGUUCCUAGCUGCCGGUAUGAUCGACAAAAAUGUCGUCAGUUCGACGACGAAAAACCAUGCGAUUUAUGACUGUCUGAAACUCCUGAUAAGAAACGGAUUCCCCACACAAACACAAUACCGACAGACACUUUUGCUAGCUUGCUCUGUCGCACAAUAUCGGGGGCAAGCGUGUCGCUUGCCAUGCCACGAUAUCUUAUCUGAGAUUCGUAUGUUAUUCAACGAACUGGGGCUUCCAGAUUGGUUUCAGAACGGUUUAGUGUCUGACGGGGCCUUUGUUCUGGCGCAGAGAACGAGAGAUCUCCGAGAUGUUGCUUUCGCGGAAAGGCUUCCUGCUCCUGGCAAGGGAACCCUAGAAACGAGCACGAUAUUUUCGGGCUGGUGUUGGGAGGAAGGAAUUGGUGAAUGGGUUCUGCCCAGCCCUGGUCAAAAACAACGAAGCGAGCUGAGACAGCAGAACCACAUUCAAAACGGAACGAGAUACCAAGCAAGCGGAGAUCAACAACCAGAUAGUCGAGCCCGGACUAGGAGCCUAAGAGGGGCUAGGGUCGUCUACAGUAACAAUCUUAGAUACAGGAACGACGAGGAUAGCUCCGCGGGAAGUGAAAGGGGGGCGGAGAAUCAUAAUGGCACGGACGACACUGACAGGGAGGAUGAAAACGAUACGAGCGAAACCAGCAUGACAGAUUUAAUUGUCAGGGAUGGCCAAGACAGCGAAGACGAACUUGGUGAAUAUUUCCCUCCGACCCCCACAUCGAAGCGAGAUCUCAGCUACAGCAUCGGCAAGAGAAAUAUAAACGGCAACACUAUCGACGUAACUACUAAAAGAAAAGCAGUAAAAAAGCUGAAGCGCUUGGAUAUCACGCGGACCUGGCAGGCGGCCAGACUUCAUGGCCCAGGAGGUUCAGUGGUUGUCCAGGUAGAAGACGAUACGGAUGACGAUGAACUUAGCAUAUUGCUCUGA